AUGGCAUGGGGAUUACAAGUCCCUGAUUUAUGUUUAUUAUGUGGUCAGGCAGUGGAGACAAGAGAACAUGACUGUUUUUCAAUUGCUCAUACAUUGCACAAAUGUCAUUUGUCUCCUCCAGUUGAGUUUGAAGCGGAGAUUAGAAGGGCUAAAAGACCAACACCUAAUGGUAAUGUAGCGCUUCUCAUCAAACCUGCAUUCGAAGCCUCUAUGUAUUUCAUAUGGAAGGAGAGGAAUGUUAGACUGCAUAGGCAUUAA